AUGGAAGAGAUUCCAACGACGAACAAGUUCAAGAACUUCGACAUUGUUGCGUACCACUCAGAUCACCACCACCACUUUGAUAGAAGCAGCGGAGACAGCAUUACGGAGAACCCUAACAGUGAAGCAUACAAGAGAAUCAUGAAGGAGUGGGAAACCCUAGAACAAAACCUACCCGAAUCCAUCUACGUUCAUGUCUACGACAACCGCAUUGAUCUCAUGAGGGCGGCGAUCAUCGGCGCCGCCGGCACACCCUACCACGAUGGCCUCUUCUUCUUCGACAUCGCCUUCCCCUCCGAUUACCCACACAAUCCGCCCAAGGUCCACUUCAUCUCGUUCCGCCUCAGUCUCAACCCUAACCUCUCUGUCAACGGCGAAGUCUCCAUGAGCCUCCUCAACACCGGCGAGACUUCGGACAACGGCGAGAGGUGGGACCCACCCGUGUCCACUGUUCUUCAGGUACUGGUUUCUCUUCAAGAACACGUUCUCAACGAGAAACCCUACUUCAACGAUCCUGGUAAAGCGAAGCUCCGCAGCGUUGAUGGUGAUUCGUCACGCGCAUACAAUGAGCAGGUGUACCUCCUCACGUGCCGCCUCACCACGCACCUUCUUCUGAGCCCCCCGAGGAACUUCAUAACCUUCGUCAUCGGCCACUUCCGCAACCGUGCACCGGCGAUUCUCUCCGCGCUAAAAGAGUACGCGAACGGGCGCGUGAGUGUAGGGAACUACGGUAGGGCGGCGUCUUCUCUUCGGGCUAAGGUUUCGCCGGAGUUCAUGGUUUCGCCGGAGUUCAUGGAGCAGGCGCGUGAGUUUUAUUAUCCGGCGUUGCGUAAUUUGUUCAUGUUCUGCGAGGCUUCAUUGGAUGUUUCCUUCCUCAGCUGGUAUUCGCUAUCCAAGAGGCAGAGUGGAAACCACCGUGGAAUCAAAAUGUGGGGAAUGUUCAAGAAACUGAUCAAAGUGAUAAAAUCAGAUUUGAGUGGCUAG